AUGGCAUAUGCAUUGGAUCGAUAUGUGGAUCCAGACGUACUGACGAGCUGCUUAGAGAUUAAUAUAGCGCAAACAUUUACUAGCUGUCAAAUUGAAGAGCACCUAUUCUAUGAACUAAUGAUAAUCUGGUCUCUUACCGUUAUUCAUGUGUCUUACGACGAUUUAUUGGCAGGGCCUGGAGAUGAGAAGGUCUUCACGCUCCCUGGAGGCUAUCAGCUAUUAGCCAAAGCGAAAGCGCAAGUGAAUAAAGCACUAAAAGCUCGAGGGAUUUCAGAAAGUUAG